GAGCAAAUUCUUUAUCGCAGCCUGCUGUCUAAUACAGAAGGACGUUGCUAUAAAAAAUUUGCUCACAAGUGCACUGUUAUCUCUUUGUUAUUAUUUCCAACAACAGUACUGACUUUGGAUCUUCAAUACACAUAUCAUGUGUAAAGGACUUGCAACUCUUCCUGCAACAUGCUUGAAAAGUGCCAAAGACAUCAAGCACAAAAUCAGCUUUCUACUCCAGAAGCCUGAACCCCAAGCAGCCGAUCAGAAGCAGGGAAAGGAGAAAACUGCCACUGCUGCUGCAAAGAGGGAACCGAAUGGAGCUGAGGUGGAGAAAUGGAAAGAGUCUUUCAGCCACAUGAUGAGCAGUGACACUGGUCGCACUGUCUUCACCAGCUUCUUGAGGUCAGAGUUCAGUGAAGAAAACAUGGAUUUCUGGGUCGCUUGUGAGGACUACAAGAAGACCACACCCUCCAAGUUGGCAACCAGAGCCAAGCAGCUCUACCAGCAAUAUGUUGAGGCAGAUGCUCCUAAUGAGGUGAACUUAGAUGCAGCGACUAGAGAAGAAACAAGGUUGAAUGUCGAGAACGCCUGCCCGUCUUGCUUUGAAGAGGCUCAGAAGAUGAUCUACACAUUAAUGGAAAAAGACUCUUACAGGCGCUUCCUCAAAUCCAAACUGAUGCAGGAUCUGUGUCAGAAACAGAUCUCCACUGUUAAGGGGAAGAACGAGAAGAAAAACUGUGAGGGUGCUGACAACAGGGACGCAUUAGCUGGUGGUGCUUAAGCAGGAAGAAGGCAAGACUUAAAAAGGCACCAAAGACUGUUAAUGUGUGAGGAACUGGCAAAGUUACUAAGGUUUGUGUGUCCAGUGUUUAUAUAGUCAGAAAAACAGUGGUUUUGAUGGUGACUUAAAAAGAUUCAUGUGAGAGAUGUUUUUUCCUUUUUUGAUACUUCCUGCAGAUAUUGGGCACCAGUUAAGAAUUUGAAAUGUUUCUCUUGUGAGUACAUCCAAGGAAGAUGUUAAUAUUUCGUGUUUCUGCACUCACCAUCAGCUGUAAUGUGUCUUUCCAGAUCAGAAAGGUUGAUAUAGACUGGUUGAAUAUUGAACAUGUUAAUAUACAACACAAAUAGAGACGUGUAACUAAAUGUUUGCAUUGCGAAAUUUAGCUCUUGCUUCUGGUUUCACUGCAAAACAUAACCUACUCUCCAUGUUCUGACCAGGUAUUAUUGAUAGUUACAACAGAAACAAUCUAAAGCUACCUCUACCCAAUGAGCACACCUUAAAUAACAAUGCUACCACAUUAUAUCAGUAGAAGAUCACAGAUUCUUUGUUUUAAGUAAUAACUAUGGCAAGUACCAAUAUUUUCAAACUAAGAUGUUCAGAGCCUUUCAAGAAAAACUCAUCUUCUCAGUGAAUGAUGACAACAUUGGCACCAAAUUCAUAAAGAUGGAAGUUGACUGUGUUUAAUAAAAAGAUUUACACAUUUGAAAGAAUAUUUUAAUAUAUUCUAAAAUAUAACAUAAAAUAGUUAACCCAGUGCAGAUCAUGAGAGCAAAAACCAUAAUAUUUUCAUUCAAUUUGCAGUAAGUUUUGGCUAUCGCUGUAUGGCCACAUUACACUUCUUUUCCACCUUUCUGACUGAAUUUUACAAUUACUUAGCCAUUGCUUACUACUUACUUAGCUUUACAAUAGUUUUUUUUUUUCAUUUCCCACUCCCUGCUUAUUGCAGAUCACAUGUUCACAUGUGCAACAGUAGAUGGAUAUUAUCAAUGUCUGGUUUCAUUGUUUCAUGUAAGUAAGUUUAACACUUAAUCAUACUAACAACAGACUUUGCAGUAUAAACAUCUAGACGUGAUCUCUGCACUGUCAAUAUGUUGGCUUUGUCUACUUCUGGUAUAAAUUAUAAGCAUGCUUUUAUCUCAGUAGUAGAACCAGUCGUAGGGAUUUUCUGUUGCAUGCCAUAUAGUUACUAAAUAGCAGGUGAAAAGUUUAAAUAGUGUCUAUUUGAUACAUUUUUAAGUGUUCCCUUGUAACCCAUGAUUUUAUGUUCAAAUGUUCAGUGUAAUUUGUGCAGGGUACUUAAUAAUGUAUUUACUUCAAUUGGAAAUAUUUUGGUGGCCUUCCAUAUGACAGUGUUCUAUUUAAAUGUAUACUGUGAUGGAUCAAAAAUGACAUACUGUGUGUAGAUAUUUAUUAAAUAAUGUCCAUGUCCUAUUUAUGUCGUAUCUGAUUAUUCUCACAAAUAAAAUUAUGUGCUGGAUAAUGACAA